GUUUCACUCUACAUACAUACUUGCUUACUUGUUUCUCUGUGUGCACACGUGCCGGGAGAGAGAGAGAGUUAAUAGUCGUUCUUUAGAUUUCAAAAAAUGAACGAGUUAACACUUCCACCAUCGCCAAAUUGGUACCAAAGUACCAUUCUGGCAGCAGCUAAAGAUGGAACAAUUGCUUGGGGAUCCAGUAGUUCAAUAAUUAUUGGGAAAAAAAGUUCCAACAAAAAAAAUCUUGACUACUUUAUCAUCGUGGAUGCUCAUACAGAAAAAGUAAAUUCUUUGGCAUUUUCACCUAACUAUGGUGAUGAUGGAAAAUAUUUGUUGGUUUCUUGUGGUGAAGAGUACAUUGUAAGAAUUUGGAAUCUUGAUACACUUUCUGCUGUAUCAUCACAAAGUUUCACAGACACAAAUCAAAAAGUUGCUAGUGUUGAUUGGUCAAAAGCAGAUCCAAAUUUGAUAUGUGCAGUAAGUAAAGAUGGUCAAUUGUUGAUUUGGAACACAGUUUACAAUUCUCAAAAACAGAUCUUUCUUGGUAAAUUAACAGCAACAUGCAUCGCCUGUAGCCCGCAUGACAAACAACUUGUUGCAAUUGGAACAAAGUCGGGUUUAGUUUUUGUUGUAAAUCUUCAUGGCUCAGGGUUAGUUAACUGGAAACUCCGUGGACAUGACACAGAAGUAACAAGUCUCUCUUGGUGUCCAUCACCAUUAAAUUAUCUCAAAGAUGGUGACAAGCCAUCAAAAGAUCACCUCUUAGCCUCAGCAGGAAAAGAUAAAAAAAUAUACUUGUGGAAAGCUGGAAGUGAUGGUAGAUACGAAACUCAUAUAUCACUACCAAUAAAACCCCAAAAUUCUAAACAGCAUAGAACUCGUCCAGGCACAGCAACUGGAAAUUUCAUUGUUGUUUCGUGGAUUGAGCCAACUUACAUUCUUACAAGUUCAUGGUAUAGUGAAUUAUUGUUAAUUAAUUUAUUAGCAAUGAAAAAAUCAAAAGAGACAGCAUCAAAUUUUGUUGAGUAUCUUCAUGGUAGUCAUACUCGUGGAAUAUUUUCAAUUGGUACCUGGAUUAAUCCAAUUGUUGAAUCAACAUCAACAGAACCUGAUAAUUGGAGAGUCAAAAAAUAUGUGGAUACAUUACCACGUGAAGUUUGGACAUUUGCACAAGAUCGACAAAUCAUUUGUUGUUUAAUGAAAAAUUCAAAUUGUCAAAUUAUACAAAAUAUACCGACUCAAGGUGGUUAUGUUUAUUGCAUGGCCUCAUGUUUUCUCGAUACGUCAAGAAUUGCAUUUGGAUGUGGUGAUACAUCACUCAGACUCUGGAAUUUAUCUGAACCACAUGAGACGACAUUCGACAUAACAUCACUUUGGCAAAAAAUAAUGGGAAGAGUUAUAUCAGUCGCUUGGCAUCCUGAAAAGGAAAAUUUACUAGCUUUUGGUACUAGUGAGGGUAGGAUUGGUGUCUUUGAUACAAGUAAAAUACAGAAAGAGCCUGAAUUAUUUCGACAACAUCACAGAAGAUCAAUUUAUUCUUUGGGUUGGGCUCCAAAAUCUGAAAAUGAAAGUAAAAAUAAAUUCAAUCUUUAUGCUUGUGGCGAUGGUGAAUUAACACGUUGGAAUCUCGAAAAACGUGAUGAAAAACCUAUCAUUAUUAAACCAAAAAAUUGUACAGAGUUUUCAUGGAAAAGUGAUUAUUCAUGUCUAGCUGUUGGCUAUGAAGAUGGUUCUAUUGAAUUCCUCAACAGUGAAUGUGAAAUUUUAGGAAAAAAAUUGUAUUUGUUAAAGAAACCAAUUGAAUGCAUUGUUUGGCAUCCCAAUAGUACAUCAACUGACGUUGAAUUUUCGGAGUUUAAAAAUUAUCUUGCUGUAUCAACAAAUGCACCAGUUAUCACGAUUCUAGAUAUGUCUAAUUUAUUGGCAUCAAAGACAAAAUAUAAUCAGAAUGAUGAAAGUCAGGUAGAGUACAAAGUUGUAGCAUCACUAUCGGGUCAUGCUGAUCGGAUUCGUUGUCUUGCGUGGAGCCCCCACUCCAGUGGACAACUCGUCUCGGCUUCUGACGAUGGUUAUGCACAAGUUUGGAAUAUUUCAAGCCAACAAAUCAUUGCUAGUUUUACUGGACACUCGUCUGGAAUUUACUCAGUAAUGUGGAGUCCUCUUGAUCCAAAUUUAAUUAUAACUGGAUCAGCUGAUUUUUCACUACGUGUUUGGAAAAUAACAGACCAAAAAGUUGCUCUUCCCCCACCAAGACCAAACCUGAGAGUCCAUAAAUUUAGUAAAAAAAAUAUUUCAAAUAAAAAUAAAAUAGAAGUAAAAGUUGAUGCUGAUAAGUUCACAAAUGAAAAUGUUUCCAAUGAAUCUAAUGAUGAGCUACUAUGUAAAAAUAUAAAUAAAACCAGUGAUAAAAAAGAAAAAAUUAAAAAACCAACACCAUAUUUUUUAAUGUCUAAAAAAAAACAAAAUGAUCAGAAUUUUGUAAUGAAACAAAUUCUUGAUCAUGCAAAAAAAGUUAAAAACAUUGAAGCUGAAAAUAAUUUAUUAGAAAAUGAUGAAUCACUUUCACUGUUUGGUGAAAAGAAAGAAAUUGAAAAAAUUAUUGAUCUGGAGCAAGAAUAUCAUUUUAUUCAAGGACACCGAAAUCUUUCAACUGAAAUGAAUAUAUGGAAUGGAACUUUGAAGAUCCAUAUUUUAAAAGCAGCUGAAACAAAAAAAUUAAAUGAUUACAUGGUCUCAUUGGCACCAAGUUUGUCACAAAAGUUUUGGCAAGAGAUAUGCGAGGCUUAUGCAAACCAACUGAUCCAGGAAUCAAAUCCAACUAAAGCAGUGGCUUAUCUUCUAAGUAUUCACAAAAUUCAUCAAGCAAUUCAGGUUUUUGUUGAUGUCAAAAUGUACAAAGAAGCAUUCGCAAUUGCAAAAUGUCGAUUAGACGAAAAUGAUCCAAUGAUGAAAGAACUUUUAAGUAACUGGACAAAACAUGCAAUAAAAUCUGGUUUAUUUGAAGAUUGCGCACAAAUUGCACUUGUUUCAGGUAAAUUGUCUGAAGCAGCAGUUUUUUUAGCACGAAGAAACGAUCCACUAGCUCAAGUAACAGCAGCUACACUUGCUAUCAUAGAUAACAAUGAAAACUUGGCUAUAUCUGUGGCUGACCAAGCUAUUGUUGAAGCAAUUUUAACAGAAAAAUACUCACAAGCAAGAGAAAUAAUUUCAAAAUUUAAUUCACUGGAAUUUAGAUUAAUUCAAAUUAUAGCACACGAUGAACUCAAAACAAAAAUAAAAGAAGAUGCUUUGGUUGAAAGUUGGAUUCAAGGAGCAACAGUUUACACAUAUCUCGAAAAUGUCAGAAAUAAAUUUGAAGAUUCGAGCAAAUUAACUUGGAGUUAUAAGAUGUUAUCUGAAAAAACUUAUGCUAUUAAUCCGGCGAAUAGUGAUGCUACUUUGAUUUUGUUGGUCAGUCAUCACUUAGCACUUGCGGCAGCAGCUCCAAAUGAUAUCACAACAGCUAAGCAUAUUCUUGAUGCUUUAAAAAUUAUUUUUCAAGAUGAAGCGCUGCACCCUAAUAAAUGUCCAAAAGACAAAUUAUCUAUUAAAUUGUUGGUACUGCUAGAUUAUAACCUUCCCCAAUCAAACAAAUCGAUAUAUUAUUUUGAUAAAAUUGGAGGAGUUUUUAAAAGCUUGAGGGCUUACUUGAAUGUUGCUCUGUCAACCUGGAUUUUUGAUAGAUUAAAAAAAGAACCGAAAAUUGAAAAAAUCUAUCUUGGUCUAAUUGUUGAAAUCAUUAAAAAAACACUAGACUCUGUUAUGGAAGAAAAAAAUGUUUCGUAUCAAUUGAAGACAAUUCAGUUGAAUAAACUUGAAAGUAAACUGUCAACUGAUUCAGAUCCAUCAAGUAUUGAAAAUUUAAACCUUUUGCGAAAAGACAUUAAAGAAUUUCUCGACGAAAGAAUUUCAGUGCCAAAUCCAAUGGUUGCUUUUACGAAAGUAUCUGAGUUGGAUAAUAUCUUGGUUGAGUAUGAUUUUGAUGAGUGCAUAAAAAAGUGCGGUAAAGUUUUAAACUUAUUUAGUGCACCAAAUUCAAAAUCAAUUGAAUUAACAUAAACUUCGAUCAAUCAGUUAAAUAUUCGCAUGUUUUUUUUUUUGUUUAUUUUCUUCGUAUAACUAAAUAUUGAUAAAAUCAAAAAAAAUGUUAUAUUCUAUUUUUAUUAUAUUAAUUAAGAUAUAAAAUACAAAAACCAUUAAAAAUAGCUUAUCAAUUUUUUUCAUGAAUUUUUUAACGGAAAACCAUAUGAUAGCAAAAUCAUAGUUGUCAGUAUUGUAAAAAUUCAAUAUUAUAGUUGAAUGAU